UGGAACGGGCGGGCGGCUCCAUCCCGGCCCGGCAGUGGCUGCCCGCGGCAGCAGGUGCCCCUCGGCGGGCUUUCAGCACCCACAGCACCUGCCCGGGCACCCCCCGCGAGUGGGCUCCCUGCUACCGGUGCGUCCCCUCCUGCUGAUGCUUCCUUGUCUCCCCUCCCCGCCCCAGUUGAACCGUGAACCCCCCCGUCCCGAGCCGCCGGCAAUGGCCCGCCGCAGCCAGCGCCUCAUCACUACCCGCUAUUACCUCGAGGAUGACGAUGCCACGACCGGCAGCAGCAGCAGCUCCCUGAUGGGAAGGGAACAGCUCCCCUUCAAGGAGGGCGCGGGCAGCAGGACGGUCAGGAGGAAAUCGAGGAGCGCCAAGCGCCUCUCUCCUGCCCCCAGCACCCAAACCUCCUACUACAGCGAGUCCCUGGUGAGCGAGUCCUACCUGGGGGGCAGCCCGGGCCUUGCUGCCCUGGGCAGCUCCAUGUUGGACGAUGCCCUGGACAGCAGCAUGUAUUUGGGUGGCGAGUUCUCUACCAAAAGAGGCAGUGGGGACGGAGAGUCCAGCAAGAUCAGUGGGCUGCUGGAGAGGAAGACGUACGACACCUAUGCCUCUUCGUCUGGGUACUCCUCGGAAGAUGACUAUGCCGGUCACUCCAGCUCAGGCCAGAGUAGCUCUGGGUCGUGGCUGAGGUCUGCAGCCUCCCAGGCGGGCUCCUUCCUCUGGCUGGUGUUCACUGCACCAUUUCGGUUCCUGAGGUGGCUGUUCUCGGGGCUGGCAGCUGCCUGGCACCGCCUCACCGGCACGGCUCCAUACCCGGCCAGUAUCCCCUUCUCCAGGCGUUACUUGUGGCUGAAGAGGCCUCUGAUUCUGCUGCUACUCCUGCUCCUUGCUCCUGCUGCCUACGGAGCUUGGUACUUCUACCCCUAUGGGCUGUCCACACACAGCCUCCCAGCCUUCCCGUGGUGGGGAGCAGGAAAGCUUUCCCCCUCUGAUGUGCCUGAGACAGGAGACCUGACCACGCUGGACCAGGGUCACUACCGGCUCCUGCCUGGCUUCCAGGCCCUGGGGAAGCGCUUGGAGGUGAUAGAGGCUGAGAUGUCACAGUGGGAGCUGCAGCAGGGAGCAGCAGCCGUGGCAGCAGGUGGGAAGCCACCCUCAGAGGGUGUCCUGGCACUGCUGGAGGGGCUGUUGAGCCGCCGGGAUGCAGGGCUGAAGGAGCAUCUCCGCACUGACAUGAGCAGCCAUCUCCAGGGUGAGCUGGAUGCUCUACGAGCUGAGGUGUGGAGGGAUCUGGAUGGACACCUAGGGAAGAUGGCACAAGCCUCUCGGGAGAUGGAGACACAUUUGCUGCAGCUGAACUCGGAAUGGCAGAGCUCAGCACAGGAUAACCUGCAAGGAAGCUUCCAGCGGGAGGUGGGCAAGCUGGAGGAGGAGGUGGCAGUGCUGAGGAGGGAGCUGGCGAGCCUCGUAUCAGACCAGGAGGUGAUGAGGGAGCACAUGGAAGGGAUGCUGGAGCAGCUGAAAGCAGUGAAGGCUGACGUGGAAGCUCAGUUCCCAGCAUGGGCCCGUCAGUUCCUGUCACAGUCCCAGCAGGAUGGCAGUGCUGGGCCUGUCAGCCAGCAGGAGCACUUGCAAGCGGAGCUCCAGGCCCUGGAGCGUAGAAUCCUGGGCAAAGUCUUGGAGGACAGGAGGCUGUCAGCAGGGGAUGCUGGGAUCAGAGUGGCCCUGCAGCAAGGGGGAACCACGGGGGUGACAGAGGAGCAAGUGCAUCUCAUCGUGGACCAGGCCCUGAAGCUCUACAGCGAGGACCGUGUGGGGAUGGCUGACUAUGCCCUGGAGUCAGCAGGGGCCAGUGUCAUCAACACCCGCUGCUCAGAGACCUAUAGGACAUGGACGGCGCUGCUGAGCUUGUUUGGCAUCCCCCUGUGGUACCAGUCGCAGUCCCCCCGUGUUAUCUUGCAGCCAGACGUCAACCCUGGGAACUGCUGGGCGUUUCAUGGGUCCCAGGGCUUUGCCGUCAUCCGUCUCUCCAGCAUCAUCCGCCCCACGGCCGUGACACUGGAGCACAUCCCAAAAGCUCUCUCCCACAAGGGGAACAUCGACAGUGCCCCCAAGGACUUCGCUGUCUAUGGUUUAAAGGAGGAGAGAGAGGAGGAAGGCCUUCUCCUUGGGCAGUUCGAGUACAACCACAAUGGCAAUCCCAUCCAAACGUUUUACUUUGAGGAUGACACCAUUGGCACGUACCAGCUGGUGGAGCUGCGGGUGCUGAGCAAUUGGGGUCACCUCGAAUACACCUGCAUCUACCGCUUCCGUGUGCACGGGGAGCCGGUGCUCUGACCCCAGCGUGGGAUGAGGACGUUGCCGGGCUGACAGCAGGAGGGGUUCGUCUGGGUCACCGCUUCGCACAUAGAAACCUUGGGAUGUGCCAGCAGCUGCUUCCCACACGAGCUGGGGUUUAAGGGGUUAGGCUUUCACUCUUCCAAGAGCUGGG